AUGCGGCACAUAACUUGGAACUUUAAAAACGUGAGUUACUGCCUGUUUGUUGUUGUUUAUACACACACAUACACACAUGCACUUCUUUAAAGCAAUCUAUGCAACUAAAGACAUGUGGCCCUCUAGGGAGCACCCCCAGAUGGAACAUGAUGUUUCUGGGGGAGUGCUGCAACCCCAUUCAAAACAAGGUUAAACACCACCCAGAGAAGUUUUCACAGAACCUCAGUGUGUUGGGAUUUAGCUUUAGUUUAUUGGCCCUCAUCCAGCUCAUUACUGAUUCCAGGAACUGGUUCAGAACUUUAAGUGCCUCACAUGACUCCCAUGACAAGGAGAAAUAGAGGUCAUCAGCGUUAUUAGUAACAUUUCACUCUAAAGCUCUGGAUGAGCUGCCUCAGCAGCUUCAUAUGCAUGUUAGAAACCAUUGGGGAUAAGGUGGAAGCCUGUUGGGGAGCCACAGCCAAGAUGUCAUGAAUGAAUCUCCUAUCUCUAUGCUCCUACCCACAGAAUAAUACUGCGGUUAGUGGUAUCAAAAGCCACUGGAAGGUCCAAGAAAAUUGUUACCCUUGCAUUCUGUCUCCUGCUAUUAGAGCGACCAAAGCAGUUUCAAGGCUGGAUUGAAAUGGUGUAGAUUAGUGGUUCUGAACAGCAUUCGAAACCCCCAUUGCUCUAGGCGCAUUUUGUGACAGGGAAUUUCAUUAGCGUGAGCUGUUUAUUAGUAUUGCACCUAAUAUUUCAGAUUAAAACUUCCAGAGUGGAAGGAAAGAGAAACUUUUCUCUGCCUCCCUAUUUCCUGCUACUUUCUGAAGCCUGAAGAAGAGACCCUCUUAAGAAUAUUAGGGAGGUGGGCAGAGGAAGAACUAGACCAUGUGAAAAAUGAACAUAAUAUUUUAGCUGCAGUUCGUUCAUUUUCAGCCUUGCAUAACCUAGGCUUAAGGUGCCAUUUAACCUAGGCUUAAGGUGCCAUUUAGCUCCUAGCUAGCUUUAGCUCCCACCCCAGUUUCUAACACUGGUCCUGAACCUUGCAAACCUCCCAUCAACCCGUGGUUGUGGAUGGUGGGAAUGCAAUCCGGUAAAAAAUAUUGCGAGUCCAAUUUGCCCACCCACGGCUGGUCUAGCUAAUCCACCUCUCGGCUAAGAGAGCUUGGAGUGGUAUAGCCACCACCUUGCCCGACAGCAAGCGCGGCAGCUGCGAGCCGUUCAAACGUCCCAGGUUCCUGGGUGGUGGGAACGCGCAGCCGCGUUGCGGAGCCGCCCUGAACGUGCGAACGUGACGGCGGGGCCCUCCCCGCGAGAAGAGCCGCCCUGAACAACAACGCCGCUUCUCCUCACAGCCGCUGGGGCAACGCGGCGGGUCUUCGCUUCCUCAAGGCGGGCGGGGCGAAAGUCAACCCCGGCCCCAGGGAAGGGGCGGGCCGGGUUCCGCCGGCCUCACCUCGCCCGCGCGACGUCUCCAUUUUGCUUCGCUGAGCUGCGUUAGCAGGGAUUGUCGGCCGCGCCUCAGGUGAGAGCGGGAAGGCGGGAACCCGCGGGGGGGGGGGCAAAAUACCGUAGUAAUAGUAGCAGUAGUAAUAGUGGUAAUAGGGGUAUUAAGUUCUAGCGACGUUUCCCGUGUUGUGUGUGCGUGUUCUAAACCAAACCCGUGUUUGUUUUCCUUCUUGACGACGUGGACGUCUCCUCAGCCCUCGCCCCGCUUUUUUUGGACAACGGUCUCUCUCCCGGCUUCUGAGCGUGCCAAGUUUUUGAAAUCCUUCUGAAGUCCAGGGGCUCGAGCAAAAAACCCAAGCCCCCUCUCCCCUUUCUCGAGAGUUGAACUGCAAACUCUUAAUGCUGCGGACAUUGCCUUUUUUCUCUCUCUCCCCUCCCUCGGUGGUGGAUCAAAUUCGGAUUAACAGCCGCAGGGCAACCACGACUCUUUCCAACUCAGGGCAAGGUUAGGAAUGAGAAGCUUCCCUUGGAAAUCAGGCGACCGAGGCUGAGAGUAACUAAGGGUAACGUUAAGGGAUAAAUGCGCAUUAUUUUUUCCACAUUUCCUCCCCCUCAACCUUGCGCCCCAGGCGGCAGCCGCGGAGAUCAGCGCGUGAUUUCUUCAGCUGCUAGCAUUCUAUAAAACCGGCUGCUUGCUCAAGAAAGUAGGGGCAGAGGUGCUGCCUCGCCUAAAGCGGCAGAGGAAGCCCCAGGAAUUGCCCCUUCGUGGGGUUGGUUUGCCUCUGCUGCUAGGCUGGCCCUGAGUCUUUUUUAUGAUGGUUGUGGCAAGAGAUAUAUAUACAGAAUAUAUAUAUAUAUAUACACAGAAUACUGUGAACCGCCCUGAGACCUCCGGGUGUUGUUAUUUAGUUGUUCAGUCAGUUGUUCAGUCGUGUCCAACUCUUUGUGACCCCAUGGACCAGAGCAUGCCAGGCACUCCUGUCUUCCACUGCCUCCCGCAGUUUGGUCAAACUCAUGCUGGUAGCUUUGAGAACACUGUCCAACCAUCUCGUCCCGUCGUCCACUUCUCCUUGACCCAAAAUCAGGGUCUUUUCCAGGGAGUCUUCUAUUCUCACGAGGUGGCCAAAGUAUUGGAGCCUCAGCUUCAGGAUCUGUCCUUCCAGUGAGCACUCAGGGCUGAUUUCCUUCAGAAUGGAUAGGUUUGAUCUUCUUGCAGUCCAUGGGACUCUCAAGAGUCUCCUCCAGCACCAUAAUUCAAAAGCAUCAAUUCUUCGGCGAUCAGCCUUCUUUAUGGUCCAGCUCUCACUUCCAUACAUCACUACUGGGAAAACCAUAGCUUUAACUAUACGGACCUUUGUUGGCAAGGUGAUGUCUCUGCUUUUUAAGAUGCUCUCUAGGUUUGACCUCCGGGUAUAGGGCAGUAUAUAAAUUCAAUAAAUAAAUAAAUAGGUGCUUUUGCUUUUUUUUUUUUUUAAAGUGGUUACUGAACUGCAUGCAUGCUCUUUGGAGGAAAUUUGUUUGCCGAUGCGCUUUCAAUGUUAACAGUAACUAGUAGCUGCCUCUUCUUGUUUAACACACUGUGAAAGUACUGGAGUUUUUCUGGAUUACGCUGAAGUGAAGCAUUGCAGGGGCUUGGAUUAAGAUGACCCUUGGGGGCACAUUCAAACUUUACAAUUCUGUGAUUCUGUGACUGUGUGCCUUUUGCGAUGCAAUGAUUCUUGACACAUUUGCUUUUAGUUGUACAGUAUGUCCAAAACGGAAAGCGUGACAGUGGGCAAAUGCAUGAGUCAUACAAGGUAGCUGUAACCCUGGAUUUGCCAUCCUGCCUUGUGUGCUCACAGUGGCCUUCAUUCAAUAGGUUCUCCCUGCAGAACUUUGAGUUAAUAUUAAAGAUCUGUUAACUGCUGUUGAGUUUCUUUGCAAACAAGCAGGCUGAGUAGUUAAAAGGUGUGGCAUUUAUUUAUAUAUGGGGUGGAGAUUAUGAAGUAAUCCUGAAAUCGGGACUUCAGACAGAAUGAGAUUGCACUUUCUCCUUAAUCAAACAAUGCUAUGUGGUCCUGUACUUGCAAUUUAUUUAUUCAUAUAAUCUGCCCCAUCUCAAAGAUGGGUAAGAUUUUAAGUCCAUAAAACUGAAAUUUAAAUAACCAGAUAAUGACCAUUACAUGAUUCUUUAGCACUUACCUCAUAUUAAAACUACCCUGAAAAACUAGCCCUAACAGACUACCCCUACAAACGAACAAGUUUCCUGUGUUCCUGUGUGCACUCUUAAUGAUCACCCCUGAUCAUACAUGAAUGAGCAAUUACCCCUGUAGAUUUCUAGCUACUAUUUCAUGCAAAAACAUUAAUUGAAAGGGUAGACCGGGGGUGGGAUUAAAAUGAUUAUCAUACAUAAAGUGAUUUUAUGUUCUCUCCCAAAGUGAACCUUCCAUAUUGAUGUUAAUAGCUUGUGUUUGAACUCCGAAGCAGGCUGUUAUGAAUUUUGACUUGCCUUUUAGGAGACUCUGUUCUUGAGAACAAUCUGAGCACACGUAGUACAGCUUCAUAGUACAUCAUUAUUUUCUGUUAAUUCAAAACAGCCCAAGCUGAAAACAAAUGCAACUACAAGAAAAAAAAGUGGCUGCUGUCUCAUUAAAAAACAACGAAAUAAAAUAAAUCAGUCAUAUAAUCUUGAAAGCAAUUUUACACACUAUAUAUAUGGGUUUCUUAGACACUAUCAUAUAGGAAUUAGUGUAGGCUAGAAAUCAGUGAGCAUAUAAUCAGAUAUGACAAAUAACACUAUAAAUGUUUGUGCACUGAAGCAUAGAUGCUGAAAUAAAUUCAUGUAGGGCCAUUACAUGUGACAAUCUGCAGAUGAGUUAUAUAUUUACUUGUUCUUCAGUGCAGGCAAUCCAUAAAUGGCCCCCCAGAUUCCUACCCAUAGAGUAUUCAUGUAUGCCCCCUUGCACAUCUCCUCCGGUCUUCCUUCAACUCUUGUCUUUCUACAUUCCUUUUUGCUACCUUCAUUCAAUUUUCCUGUUAAGCUCUAUGUUAUUACUGGGCGGACUAUUGCAUAUAUUUAUAUGUAUUUUUAAAGCUUUUUUUUAUAAAAAAAAGCAGGGUUUUUUUAAGGGGCCCCAAACCGACUUGGAGUAGAGAAGCUAGGGCAAGACAUUUCCCUCUGCUGGUGUUAGCCCUGCUGUGGAAUGGAACAAUUGCCUGCAUAGUAUCUGUCUUCACCCAGAAAGGGCUAAUAGCAGAUUGUGCUUGAUGGGUGUGAAGAAACAGGGUGGGGAUGAAAAGGGUUAAAGAGCUGUCGCCACCUGCUCUCUCAGUGCUAUUCCUUUCAUUCAGUUCCUCUUAUGGUUGCUUUAUUUCUUUUCUCUCUCUUUUUUUAAAAACAAACACUUCAUUAGGAUAAUAAAAUAUAACUGUAUUUGUAUUUAAAUGCAGCUGAUUUCUGUUGCAGCAUUCAGCAAACAGGCUCCCCUUUUUAAUGAAGGUGUGUCUUUCCUCUCUUUUCUUCACCCUCAUUUAGCUUAUCAGUUUUGCCAUUAGCACAUAGUGCUUUAUCUUCUCAGACUGAUUUCUCAUUGUCCUCAGGAUUGGGUAUAGUUCUAGCUGCUGUUAUCAUAUAUGCCGCUAAUGCUGCCUUUGGCAGCAUUACUCUCUUGUCUUUAGAGUAAGUUAAUAAACAUAGUGUUUGGAUAUUGUAACCUAAUAUUUGCUCCAUUGAGGUUUUUACAAAAAAAAAGAGAGAUUUUGUCAGUAUUUAUUUCCCAUAGUCGAUCUCCCACAUAAUGCUUUGGCCCUCUUAUUCCCUGUGGCUCUGUCCAUUUCUGUUGUGAAAUCUUACUUACGGAAUUCCCCUAUUUUUUUCUUCUCCAGUUGUAUUGCAGUGCUAUCUAGUAGAUGCCUGUGAUGUUUAUGCAAGAGCACUGGAUUCACUGGCCUGUGGGAAGAAUGUAACUUGAUGGUUUGAAUGCUUUAAAAAAAUCUUGGUGUCUCCUGUCACUAAAACAUUACCUUAGGUAGAGGAUAUCUGGAUUCCAAAAAACAAUUUAGUAACAAGGAUGCAUUUAUUGCACUUUUAAAAACUGUAAAAACCUUCCCUCUAUAUUUGUAGCUUAAUUUGAAGUAGUGGGUACCUUUAUCUCAUGUUUGGGUUUCAUUCCAUCUCCCAUUCCUGCAGUUACUUGAUAAGAUGCUGCUUUGGUGCCUCACCCUUCUCAAACUCUUUAACCAAGUUUCCUUGCUCUUGUGUUCCUUCAUGCUUUUUCCCUGAUUAGUCAGUUUUAUUUACACCACUACCCAUUUUGAAAUGGCUUUGGAAAUUAAUGCAAGAACGAUAGCAUAGCAAAAAUGCCCUAAAGCUUCCCAAAACAAUCUCUGACCAGAAAUGUGCUUUGCUAUCAUUCAUAGAGAAGACAAGGUUUGGAAAAAGAGGUAAAGGUUUUUCCUUUGAAAAUCAGUCUAGCAGAAACUGUAAAUGCAAGGUUACCUAGUCCUGGACUGUGGAUAUGUAUAGACAUAUCUCUGCGUGUCUGCUCCCCUGUCAAGAUCUCUUUAAAAGGAUUUCUCAAACAUUGCUGAAGGUCAUCACAGUUUUAACAGUCAACUUUGGAUUUUGUUUUACUCUUGCAUGGCUUGCUAGGAAACAGUAUGGAAGGGGAAGAAAGUGCUGAGUGAACCUGUUAAUGAAUAAACAGUUAAUGAAUAAGAUUUCUGUGUGUGGAAUAGAAGAGGGCUGUAGCGAUACUUGGGGCUGAAGUAGUGAACAGGCCCUAUAUAAAUAAGAGGAAAUGGAAGAGGAUCACAGACAAAGCAAGGGACUAGCAACUUCAUUGCCAACUGUUACAUUCAUUGAAGCAUAUGGCAAAGCGAAAUGAAAUAGAUGGCAUAGUCUCACAUACCCUCUGUAUCUCAGAUUUGACCCAGUUAAAUGGGCAAUGUAACAAAGUUAAAUUUGCACCGGCAAAUGUGAAAGGUGUAGCCAUGGAAGAAGGGGAUGUUUUCAGAAACAGGUUUGACUGUAGUCUGCUACAGGAAUCUACAGAUUUUGACUUGGCUCACUAGCAGGUCAUAAUUUAUGGACACCUCUGACCCCUCACUUCCAAGUCCCCUGUAUGUGCAAGAGGAAGUGUAUUGCACAAUUGCACCGUGACCACCUCCAGACUGCAGGGUGAUGGGAAUUGCCUAGUAGGAAGAGGGGGAAUCUUCAUAUCUGGCCAAGUGACAAACAGGCUGGGGCUUUUGUACCCUGAGCUUCCUUCCAAGCUUUGCAUUGAGAAACACUUGGAGCUGUUUGUGACAUUAAACCUCUCCUUCCCAUUCCCAUGGUAAAAGGAGGGGAGAUUCUACUCCUUGGGGAGUAGAUUUGUGGAGACUUGAUUUACUGAUCCAGCGAUAAAGUGCACAGCCAUGCCUCAUCAGUGCUUCUCUUCCAAGAUUCUGAAUUAGAAGGAAUGUCUUAAUUUAAUUUGCAUUGCUAUGAAGCUUGGCAGAAGAGAGUCUGUUGCAACUGAAUGCUACCCAGAUAGCCUUAAUAUAAAAAAGACAGAUCCUUUUAAAUUAUCUUGAAAGCUUUUAAACUUCAGACUGUUUUUCCUAAAACACAAACAUAGAUUUCCACAGUCAAAUGAACUACUCUGUUUCCUGCUUGGCGUUACAUAACUGCCUUUGUGGAGGGUGUGGUCCUCAUUUUUUACUUCAGGAGGAUACACUGAAACAUGGAUUAGUGACUCAUUGUGAGAUGGAAACAUAGCUGGCUGGCCUUUAGUAAGCUCAUAUUAUGUGACUUCAGUUCUCUGGAACAACAGAAAAUGCCUGAGAGGGCUAUAGGCACUGUGGAGCUUGUAGAGGCUUGACUUCAAUUCACCACCUCUGAUUUCUAAGCUUUUAAGUCUUUCUCCCUUUUAUAUGGAGGCAAGGUGCAUAUUCUACCCAGUUGCUCAGCAAGGAAAAAAAGAAACCUGCCCUUCUGUAUUCUGAUGAAAGACUAUCAAGGCCAUAAUAUGGAUGGCACAUGCAUUAAAACAGGAGUGGGAAACCUUUUUGGCCCAUGGACUAGAUGGUUAUCUCCUUCCAGCCCUUGUUGGUCCACUUUGACAUGUGGGACCAACAAGGUUUGCUCAACAUCAUGGUGGCUGAUAGGUGGGUGGGAUCACCUAACUGUCAAGUAGACCUGCCAAAGGUCUGCUUUGCUGGCAUAUUCCCCCACAAUCAACAUGCUGGUGUACCAGAACCCUACAGUGAGCAGCUCCAACCAAUGAACAGAUUGUUAUAUCCUGCUGGUGGUGAAGUGCUCACAUGAGGAAAUCACGUAACUCUUAAGUAAAAGCUCUCAAGUGCUUUUUUUUUGUCUUACAGAAUGUCGUACCCAGGAUAUCCCCCUUCAGGUUACCCUGCUUUCCCUGGCUAUCCUGUAAGUAUUUACUAUAUUUCAGUUCUAUCUCUUUUUCACACUUUAGCACAGCAAUAGACAAUGAUGAUUUGCAUUGUUUUGCUUUGUAUUUAGUAGGCAUAAAGCUUCAAUCAGAUGGUGCCUUUAAGCCAGGUAUGGCUAAUCUGUGGCCCUCCAGAUGUUGUUGGAAAUGGCCAAUAGUCAGGGACGAUGUGAGUUGGAGCUCAGCAACACCUGGAGAGUUGCAGUUUAGCCACCAGUGGUUGAAGCAGUCCCAGGGUAGCUUUCUGGAUCAAUUUUAUUUGGGUUUCAGACAGCUCCCAGAGAUAUUGCCAGUGCUUCUCAUCCAAAACCAGGACUACUGUAAGAACACUGAGGCUUGUGUUGUAACUAUAUAUAAUAACAAGCGCAUAUUAUUGCUUAAUAAAAAUUAAAUUGAAUUUUUUUCCUGUUAUUGACACAGAUGUAAUUUGUAAGGUGCAACUGGUCUAGAAAUUAUUGUUGCGAGCAUUAUUGCAUUGUGUUGGUAUUGGGUUUUGAAGUUGCAGAGGAAAAGAAAAUGUUAAGAGUGUUUUGAAUUGUUGUGCUGAAGGAUAUUGACUCACACACAUCAAUCUGCUUCUGUCAUGCAUAAUGGCAUCUUCUGUCCUCCGAAGUGCUCUGAGGUUUCACCACAUAAAAGCACAGUUUGUGCUUCUCCAGCAAAUGCUCUCAAUGGCACUUUUACUUCUCUGUUUUUCUCCUGUUUCAUGUUUACUCAAUGGACACACAUUGUUUCGCUCUUGUGUUCGUCCACUUCUUCAUAAUAGUAUAUUUUACUUCUGUUCAUAAUUUUUUUCUUGUUUCAGUGUUUAUGCUUUAAAUUCUUGUUUGGUCUUUUGUUCAUGUUUGGUUUUGGCUUUUUUGUUGUUGUUAUAAUGUUGCUUUUUAUUUAUAAUCUUUAAUUUUGUCUACUAUAAUGUGUAUUAUUUUUACCAGCGUUUUUCUCAUUCUCUCCCUCCUCCCUUUUUUAUUCAUUGUGGUGUUUUUCCCCCCUUUUGGCUGCUUUUUGUUUGUUUGUUCCAUGUCUACAUUUUAUUUGUACUGUAAUUCACUAUUUUAACUGUUUGUUUUUAUCUUUCCCAUGAGUGAUAUGGUUGGUAUUGUGUAAAGAGUUUUUACUUUUUUAUUCAGGUAGCGUGGUGUAUUACUAGAUUUGUUUGUGUGCGUGUGUGGCAAAAUUGUUUGUACUUCUGCAUCCAAGCAGGUCCUCUUUAAGGAGGGAGAUGCACCACCACACUCUUUCAGGGCAAUGAAAUAUUAAUCAGUCCCAGAACUGUAUAUUGUAAAUGUUUGUAGGUCUUAAUCUACCCUGAGACUGAACACUCUCUACUGUAUGAUGUGCUUAUUGCCCUCACUUCCCUUUGUCUUGAUGUUGAUACUAUAUUUUUGGAAUAGGAGGGUGUGGAAUAAAUGAAUGAAAAUGACUUUUAUUCUUAGGGAUGGUAUGGUGAAGAUGAGCAUGCCUGCCUUAAGAACGAUUCUGUGAACAAAGAGGUUCAAAGAAGCCCCAAGGAGGGCCCCUUUGCAGAACUGUUUAUUAGCAUGUUUUACUACCUGAGUUGUAAAUGUCUUACAUCCUGAGUUGCUGAGACAAAGCAAAUGUUGGACUCAGAAGCUUGACUCCCUAAGAGGCUCGUUCCCUGGCUGAUGUUAAAAUUAAGUAAAGAAUGUGUUAGAUUGUUAGCCUUGAAAGAGGGAUAGAUUUAUAGUUUAGAGGUGACCCGAGAUAACAAGGAGAAAUAGCAGAUGAUAGUUUAAGAACUAGUAAAAAAAAAGGUAAAGGGACCCCUGACCAUUAGGUCCAGUCGCGGAUGACUCUGGGGUUGCGGCGCUCAUCUCGCUUUACUGGCCAAGAGAGCUGGCGUACAGCUUCCGGGUCAUGUGGCUAGCAUGACUAAGCCACUUCUGGCGAACCAGAGCAGUGUACGGAAACACCGUUUACCUUCCCGCUAGAGUUGUACCUAUUUAUCUACUUGAACUGCAUGUUUUCGAACUUCUAGGUUGGCAGGAGCAGGGACUGAGCAACAGGAGCUCACCCCCUUGCAGGGAUUUGAACCGCCAACCUUCUGUUUGGCAAGCCCUAGGCUCUGUGGUUUAACCCACAGUGCCACACGCUAGUACGUAGGCUUGAAUGCUGCAUGAAUAUUAUAAAACACACCCCUAUUGUAAAAACUGCUAAUUUGAAUGGACAUGGGAUAUAUGCUAUUGUUGGGGGUACAUGUUUAGGAGCAAACGUGAUGUAGGCGGAUCGGGAAGCCUGUAAACUGCAGUUUCUUAGCCAAUUGUAGGAGGAAUAUUCGAACCAUCUUAGGGUAUAAAUUAUCUGUGGUGUGAACUGGAAUGUGCAAUCCCCUCUUUCCAGCAUGACUUGCGGGGGGAGGGUCUUUGCCCAGAGUCUGCUUAUGCUUGAUCGUGGUGUAGACUUUCUCCUUUCAAAGAGAAAUUUGAAUCCCUCUGGGAAAGAUCCAAGAUCCCUGUUGUCCAUAAUAAUUAAUUGUCUGUUUCAUUGCUCCUUUGAUAAUUAAUAAUUAAUUGUCUGUUUCAUUGCUCCUUUGGGAUUUCUGAUCAAUGAAGUUUCUCUUUCUGUAUUGAUAACAGUAGGCAUUAUGGUUGACCUUGCUUCUGUUACUUUAGUCCGAAGUCCAGUGUUGUGGGUAGGGUGAAUAAGGGCCAGUGUUUACUCAGCCACAACCUUGGAGCCAGUUUCUGUAUAGAUCUGUAUUUUUUCUGCUUCAGUGGUAGACUCCAACAGCUUUGCAGGACAGGAUAAUUUCACCAUUUUGCAAAGUGCUUGGAAACUGGGUGCAUGCGAUGGAGCUUUCUCUGCUUCUCUGGCAAGCUCAGAGAGGAAGGGAGAAACACAGGGGAGCCCAACUUCUGGCAACCUUGCAGAGCUGGGUAUCUGUUUCUUUCUUUGCAAGACGCUUGUAGCCCGGGUGAUAAGCAGGGAGUUUUCUGUCUUUCUCUCCUCUGAGCUUAGAGAUCUUCAGUCUAGCUUCUGACAUCAAAUGUUGUCAGAAGCUGUUCAGGAGGAAGAAGCAAAGGUAUUCUCCAUAUCUGGCACUUGAUGGUAUGUAGUAGUGACAUCCUCUCAAUUGCAGUUGUUUAAUCCACUUUUAUUUUAUUUUUUAUAUAUAUAUGUAUAUUUUAAUCCACUUCUUGAAGAGGUUUCCCACUUCAUGGACGAUGAGCAUUCCAUGUUGGUAUUCUGCUAUCUUUGGAAGAUGCACCUGUUUACGCAGUCAUUCCCUUGACCUAUCGACCUGAGUCUCCUGUUUUAACUACUGUGUUGUUUUAAUGCAAUUGUUUUAUGGUUUGUUUUUAAAAAUGACUGCCCCACCCAUCUGGCUGGGUUUCCCCAGCCAUUCUGUUUUUUUAAAAAAAAAUAAUAUUUAUUACUUUUCCAAUAAUUUAAACACACACAAAAAGAACAAUACAAUGCAGUACAAAAACACUACAUAACACAUUAAACUAACAAAACAAAACAAAAACAAUUUAAAAGACAUCAAACAAUUUCAAUAUCUUAUCUUUCAUUCACUUAUUUCAGUGACCUCCUCACACCUCCCUUUUUGUAUUCCACUUCUGUUGAUUGUUUCAGCAAUUCGUUUCCAUCUUCCUCUGCUUUCUAUCCUUUAAUUAUCUUAACAGAUUCUAACCUUAUUUUUCCCUUUAAUACUCUAUUGAUCUAUUUAUACAUAAUUCCUUAUAACAUUUCUACUAAAGCCAUAUAACUUCAUUCCAACAUUUUUCUAACAUUCAUUAAUUUUACAAUAUUUCUGUAAAUAGUCUUUAAACUUUUUCCAGUCUUCUUCCACCGACUCUUCUCCCUGGUCUCGGAUUCUGCCAGUCAUUUCCGCCAAUUCCAUAUAGUCCAUCAACUUCAUCUGCCAUUCUUCCCGAGUGGGUAAAUCUUGUGUCUUCCAAUACUUCGCGAUGAGUAUUCUUGCUGCUGUUGCUGCAUACAUAAAAAAAGUUCUAUCCUUCUUUGACACCAAUUGGCCAACCAUGCCCAGAAGAAAGGCCUCUGGUUUCUUCAGAAAGGUAUACUUAAAUACCUUUUUCAUUUCGUUAUAGAUCAUCUCCCAGAAUGUCUUAAUCUUUGGGCAUGUCCACCAAAGGUGAAAGAAUGUACCUUCAGUCUCAUUACAUUUCCAACAUUUAUUGUCGGGCAAAUGAUAAAUUUUUGCAAGCUUGAUUGGUGUCAUAUACCACCUAUAAAUCAUUUUCAUUAAAUUUUCUCUCAGGACAUUACAUGCCGUGAAUUUUAUACCUGUGGUCCAUAACUGUUCCCAGUCAGCCAUCAUUAUGUUAUGUCCAACAUCUUGUGCCCAUUUAAUCAUAGCUGAUUUCACCAUUUCAUCCUGAGUGUUCCAUUUCAACAGCAAGUUAUACAUUCUUGACAAAUUCUUAAUUUUUGGAUCUAACAAUUCUGUUUCCAAUUUUGAUUUUUCCACCUGGAAACCAACUUUUUUGUCCAGAUUGUAUGCCUCCAUUAUUUGGUAAUAAUGGAGCCAAUCUCAUACUCUGUUUUUCAAUUUUUCAAAGCUCUGCAAUUUUAAUCUGUCUCCAUCUUGUUCCAGAAUUUCCCAAUAUUUCGGCCAUUUGGCCUCCAUUUCCCCAGCCACUCUGGGCGGCUUCCAACUGAAUAUUAAAAACAAUACAGCAUUAGACAUUAAAAACUUCCCUAAAGAGGACUGCCUUCAGUUGUCUUUUAAAAGUAAAAUAGUUGUUUAUUGCCUUGACAUCUGCUGGGAGGGCGUUCCACAGGGCAGGCGCCACUACCCAGAAGGCCCUCUGCCUGGUUCCCUGUAACCUUACUUCUCGCAAUGAGGGAACCGCCAGAAGGCCCUCGGCGCUGGAUCUCAGUGUCUGGGCUGAACGAUGGGGGUGGAGACGCUCCUUCAGGUAUACAGGACCAAGGCCGUUUAGGGCUUUAAAGGUCAGCACCAACACUUUGAAUUGUGCUCGGAAACGUACUGGGAGCCAAUGCAGAUCUCUCAGAACCGGUGUUAUGUGGUCUCGGCGGCCACUCCCAGUCACCAGUCUAGCUGCCGCAUUCUGAAUUAAUUGCAGUUUCCGGGUCACCUUCAAAGGUAGCCCCACGUAGAGCGCAUUGCAGUAGUCCAAGCGGGAGAUAACCAGAGCAUGCACCACUGUGGUGAGACAGUCCGCGGGCAGGUAGGGUCUUAGCCUGCGUACCAGAUGGAGCUGGUAGACAGCUGCCCUGGACACAGAGUUAACCUAUGCCUCCAUGGACAACUGUGAGUUCAAAAUGACUCCCAGGCUGCGCACCUGGUCCUUCAGGGGCACAGUUACCCCAUUCAGGACCAGGGAAUCCCCCACACCCGCCAGGGAAUCCCCCACACCCCUGUCCCCCCAAAAUUUGUUGCAUUAACUGUUUUAAUGGUCAGGUUUGCACUGUAUGUAUUAGGCAAGCAUAUUUGUUCCAUGUGUGAUUUUUUUUUUAAAGUACAGCAGAGUUGUUUUCUUUAAUCCAGCAAGUGGUGGAGCUGAAGUGAGAGCCUCAGUAUAGAUUUUCAAUUUUCUGUGACUUUCUCUAGGUCUUUCUUUCUCAACUGUGUUAACUCUUGAUCUACUGCUUGUGUUUAGCCUACAGGGCAAGAGUCUACUUACCCACCUGCUGGUCAAUAUACUUACCCUGCUGCUCCUGGAGGCUUCCCACCUAUGGGAGGUGGUGCAUAUCCUGCUGCUCCACCAGCUGGUGGCUUCCCAGGGGCUACAGGAUACCCACCCGCACCUGGUGGGUACCCCCCUGCGCCUGCUGGAUACCCUGGGGCUCCUCAGCCUGGUGGAAUGCCAACUUAUCCUGGAGGUAAUGUGCUGAAACACUGUUGGCUGCUUAUCUCUGCUGUAGUUGAAUGCCUGUUUUUGGUGGCUUAAGAAAUACAAGGUUGUAUCCAACAAAACCAUCCUGUUAAUGCAUCUACCCAUCUAUCCCCACACUCUCCAGAUCUGCUCCGGAAGGUUGUGGAAACGCCCCAGAACGAGUUUGUGGGGGGUAGGCAUGAGGAAGAGGAAGUCCUUGACUAACAGGACAACUUCAUACUAAACCCUAAGCAAGAAAGAAAUGAAUCAAUGCUCUCAGUGAGGUGGUGGUUAUGUUCUCUGUGUUUCAGAAAGGUCAGAGAAGCUUAGAUGAAAAGGGCAAACCUAAAUGCUCAGCUCCCAUUUGUCUUCCAGUCAGGCACUGAACAGGGUAGGGAAGGACACUGCAUAACUGAGAGUGACUAUUCAAGGCCACACACCAGUCCCAAUCCCACAUAGUGUUAGCUUACUGCAUACUUGCCACCAUUGGCCCCACAUGAGUGACUUUUUAAAAACCUACUAUAAAACCAGAACCAUGUUAAGGAAUAGGUAAGCUUCAGACAAGGGCUGGCUUAUCCAGACGUACCUUUCCUUUGCUCUCUCCAGGCACAGUCCAUGAUUUAAAGCUCUGUGUCUGAGUGUGCCACCCCACUCCCCCCUGGAGCUUUCCCUGCGACAAUCCACUCUUGAAAGCUGAAUUUGAGCAAAUGGCAGUUUGGGUUUUCUGUGGAUUGCCAUUUGCUCUGAUUCACCUUUAAAGACCAGCUUUUCGUGGUGAAAGCUCUGGAGCAAAAAGAAAGAAAGGUGCUCAGACACUGAGCUCUAAAGCGCAUGGGCCGUGCCUGGAAAGUGUGGAUAAUGCUGGUCAUUGAAACAGCUAGCCUUAACUCUGCAGUGUCUGCUGAAUGAUUCUUUAACUUGCCCCCCUCCUCUGCCCACAGCAUACAGUGAGCUGCCUGAUUCAUUUGGGAAAGUUCCUUACCCAAUAUAAAGGAAAAAAAUUAUUAGGAUUCUGGUAGUGAGCACAAGUAAUACAGGUUUUCAAACAGACAUUAAACCAACUGAGUAUUUUCUAGCUCUUUAAUUUGAUGUAUUAACUAUUGUCAGGGGUUCAGGGACAGAGGCACAGGGUAGGGAGGAGAUGGAGAGCGAUGGGGAUGAAUCCCAGGACAGCGAGGAAGAGGAUGACAAUGACUCAAGAGAUUCCAUGAGUCUUUCCAGCGAAUCAGAGGAUUCCCAGAAGGGGCGCCAGUGGUCAAGGCCAGGAGCCCCAGGGGGACGUGUCAGGAACAGGGGGCCAGCGGGGGAUCCCAAAGUGGCAGCUGGGCGUCAGGACCAGCCUCCCCGCCAGAGUGCAGCGAAGGGGGUGAAGGUUCCAGUGUAUCAGGGGAAGCAGCUCCGGCAGCAGAGAAGGGAGGUAGGUCGGAGCAAGCCACUCUCCCGGAAGCGCUCGGGAGUAGUGAAGGGAGUAGUGUAACUGUUAAAAGGAAAGUUAGAGGUUGGGCGCGCGCGCAAGUUCAAAUGUAGAGGCGCGCGGAAGUACAGGGAGCCCGGAGGAAGAGCCAGGUCCUAAAGCCCGCAGGAGGGGGAAGAGCAGUCGGGGGAUAGCGCGUCAGGGGAAUCCAGGAGGGCGAAACCCCAGCGGGCAGGAAGACCCUGAGGAAAGGAAAGAGAGAAAGAGGUGGAGCAGCGCAAGGCUCUUAAACUGGUGCAGGGGAGGGACUGACUCAGAGGGGACUUCAACGGUCUAAGCGUACAGACGUGGGGCUGCGCGCCUCGGAUAUGAAGCAAACAAUGAACUGCAAUAAACACUUUUGUAUAUAAGAAGAGAUUGGCGUUGGUCUUUUGUGAGCUGAGACCUGAGGCAGCCUUGACAACUAUAUAUUUUGUACUUUGUGAUCGAAAUAUUUUGGUUGCACUUGCAUGGUAUCAGAUUUUUUAUUUUUUUUAAAUGUAUUUAUUCCAGGCGCUGGGUUUGGAGUACCUUCAAAUGGUUCUGGCUAUGGCUAUCCGCAGCCUCCAACCCAAAAUUAUAUGGGAGGUGGACCAGCACAAAUACCAGGUAUUGAACGACUAUUGUGAUUGGAUAUGGAAAGGAUAAAUCAUUCUGUUUAUGGGUUUAGAGGUGGAAUGUACCCUGUAAAAUAUGAGACUAGUGAAGCAAACUUGUAUCUGUAAGUCUUACUCUAAGUCUGUAUUCCACUGCUGAAACACAAAAUAGUAGUUAAGUACUGUUACCCACUGCCUUGCGGGACAUCUUCAGGAGAAGAAAAGGCCAAGGAGCAAACCCUACGCAAAUUUGAAAUGAAGUCCCUAAGAUGGUUGGAUGGGGCCUUGUACACCUCCUUCUGGCAACUCCUGCAGCCAAGCUGGUGCCAAAUGUAUUGCUCUGCUUUCCUUGGGGCCACAUCCUUGACACCGUGGGGCAGGGCGGGGUGGCGGUUCUUGUCAUCUAGGAAGCCCAGGACCUCCAUACACACCGCCCAGGCCUCUGCCUCAGAGAGGUCACUUCGAUGUUGCUAACAUAGCAGAAACAAUGUGAGAGGCAACAGCUAUGAACUACCAGUCUCUGCAGCCACAGCAGGUGCUGUGAUUCUCCAGCAGUUUGACUUCAACCCCAGAAGCGCACUUCAUGGUCUCUCGAGACAGACGAAUGCCUGCAGCUCUUGCACCGGCCUCAUGUAUAAUCCCAUGUGGGGACAGUGAUUCACAGAAACAGCAUCUAUGCACAGCCCCAGCUGGCUUGUGAGUCCACUAGUGGUCCUGCAUGAUCCUGGAUUGCAUGGGUGCUGCUGUAGUUGGCUCCUGUCGUUAAUCUGUUCAGUGGCAAUGCAGAUAUAACAUGACACCCGCGUAAAUACAAACCAGGAAAAGGAGGGGGGAAAUUGCUGCCAAAAAGCUAGAGGGAACCUGCGAAUUUGUGGCAUUCCUCCUCAUCUUGGUUAUGCUGCUGUUAAUGCCACAUCUGCACUGGGCCUUACCGUAGUCCCACUUCCUAACCUUGUGUCGGAAAGGACCUUGGAAAUAAAGAUAGGGAGUUCCAGGCUGCAAGUGAUAGUGUUUUAAUGGUCAGCUUUGCAUCCAGCAAGUAUUUGUUCCGUGCACCUGAAGGGAGCAGGAGAUGCAAGGAAAGAGACAGAAAUCCGAAGUGUGAUUGAAAGUGACACAAUUUGGUGGGUGCUCAUGUCACUGUGAAGCCUGCAGGCUUCUUUGCAAGUCCUGAAGUUCUCCCUGAUCUGCAUGAGGAAAUAUUAGCUGAAAACCAGUGCAUGAAUCAGUAGCAAACUUCACAUUUUGCUAUGAUGAUACUUUAUGCACACAGCAUGACAACAAUAAAAUCUUAUUUCAAUUUUAUAUUUUUCUUAAGCUGGGUAUCCAGGUGGACCAACUCCAACACCACCUCAGGUAUGUCAUUUGUAUUAUAAAAUGGGACAAUGUUGUUGGUUUUAUUUGAUCAUGGUGGGAAUGCAAAUUGUUUUGACGAAGAAAAAAUGUUGUGGUCCAGUUCCUCAGAUCAGUAUAGAAAACUACUCACUUGUGUAUGCAGCAUAUUUGAAUACACCUCUUGGAGUUUGGCUUGAGAAGCCAGAGAAUGCCGUAAAUAUAACUGAGUCCUUCAGUCUUAGGGGGCAAGCUUUCCUUUUGAGGGAAAUCAAGCUAAGCAAACUAUUGGUUAGGUUGUUGCAAGGGCUCUGGGUGGACAAGUAGAACCAGUUUAAACUACAAAAAGGUAUGCUUAAUGAAAGUAUAAGAAAAACUUUCUAAGGGAGGUUGUGGAAUCUCAGCUCAGGCAUACACCAGCUGUACUUCCGGUGUGUGUCAAAUUCCCUACCUCACUUCCUUGUGACAACCAUAGUUUGUCAUCCAUAUGUGGCAAACCAUAGUUGCUGCAUAUUUUGCCUCCAGGCCUGAAUUAGAAACCAUGAUUUGAAAUGGGAGAGGAACUUACUUGCCUGAUUUUGAAUAAACUAUUGUUAUCAUGUAUUGGGAAGGACGGUAGAUGAAUUGGAGUACACAGGAGAAGAUCGCUUGGGCAAGCUUGAGCUGUAGCCUUCCAUGUAAAAGAAAGAGCUGGGGGCAAAUAAUAAUAAUAAUAAUAAUAAUAGUCAAAAUAGUAAAAUUUAAAUAGAGGGAGAAGUUUGAAAUUAGUUUUUUAAAACCUGCUUUUAAAUUAAAUGCUAAUAAAACCCUUCUGCAGUAGCCAUUUGUAAAGGCCUGUCAUGUUUUGAGAUUUGCAGCCUUGAUGAUUCCAGUGUGGUAACUUGGAACAUAAUAGAUUUUGGCAACAGUUAUACUUCACAACAGGGUUUUCCCCCCCUCUAAGCCAUCCCCCUUGAGGUUCAGGCCACUCUUGCUUUGGAGUAGGCAUAGUGAGCCCUUGUUCUCAGAAUUCAGGAUCCCAGUUCAUCACAGGACCCUCCUAGGGGCUUCUUCUACCACCUCCUUGUGCUCAGAUUCCUCCUCCUUCCUUCUCUUAGACUGGUCCCUGUACACAGUUGACACAGGCAGUGCUGUUGCCUCUUGCCUCACCCAAUAAACUUUCCUUUGACUCCCAAGGGAGUGAGGGAUUGCCACCCUCCUACUUAUCAUUGAGUCAGCUGCUUUAAAAGAGGGUUAGACAAAUUCAUAAAGGAUAUCAACAUUAGCCAUGAUGCAUGUGUUCUGCCUCCACAGUCAGAGGCUGUAUGCUUCUGAAUACCAGUUGUUAGGAACCGCAGGAGGGGAGAAGGCUGUUGUGCUUGCAAGCUUCCCACAGGCAUCUGUUUGGCCACUAUGAGAACAGGAUGCUGGAGUAGAUGGGCCAUUGGCCUGAUCCAGUAGGCUCUUAGUAGGUUCUUACAUUCUCUUCCUGUGCCUGUGUUCCUGUUGAAAGCCCCAAAUGCUGUGGAGCUUUUCCUGCAGCUGCAUCUUCAGUUGUUCUCUCCUUCUCCCUCUCUUUGCCUCAAGCCUACCUCUCCCUCUCUGUGUUUCUGUUUUAACUCUGAAUACUAAGGGAGGAGAUGUGUCCUCCAGCCUGAAAUUGAUUGCUGGGGUAAUUUCCUGCAAAUACUUGUAAAGGCUUGAGCCGAUGACAGGCGCCCCAUCAUAUUAGUAAACCAGGUCUUUUCAUCUGGAAUAUAUCGGCCUCCCGACUGCUUAGGAUGUCUCUCCUUUCCCUCUAAAGUACUGAUGCCUAAGAUUUCAUUGUUGAGAUUGAAUAAGCAUUUCACAUGGAUCAAUAACAUGGUAAAACAGAUUUCUCAAUCUCAGCCUGCAGCAAUGACUCAACAUAUGCAAGGCACAAUUCGACCAGCUCCGAACUUUGAUGCAGGGCGGGAUGCAGAAAUUCUGCGCAAGGCUAUGAAAGGGUUUGGUAAGAGCGGUUUUGUGUUUCAUACAGUGUUCGUGUUUAAACUUGUGUAGCCCAGAAACCAAACACUCUUCUCUACCUUAAUCCUGUACGUCUCUCACUAGAUCCUUCCAACACUUGUAUAUAUUUUAACCAUAGUCUUUAACAUAACUUGGGGUGCAAAUCAACCUUUCACUCUACAACCUGAAUUGUUUAUAUGGAAUAUUUUUUUCAACAUGGCUUCCUCUUUCCAUGGCUUGGUUUCCAUUUUGGAUUUUUAAAAAUAGAAAUAUAGGCAACAGUGAAAAAGAGCAGCAAGACUUGGGAUAGAUGGGUCUGUAGAGCGGGGCAUGAAGAAUCGUAACCAUGAGAGAGGAUUGCACAAUACGCAGGGCACUAGAUGCUCCUUGAUACUGUCCUUGGCAGGGAACUCCCUUGUCUAAAGUGUAUCCAACACUGUCCAGGGCAGAUUUUGGUGGUGCCUGAUUUGGUGGCUGCAGGUGGGAGGAGAGGAGGGUGAAGUUCCAUUGUAUCAGAGAAGUCCACUUGUACAAAGUUGGAUUCUACCCCAGAGCUUUCGUCAGAUGUCCCCUGUGUUUGAAAUAUUUCUCCUACAGUGUGCAUUGCUAAAUACCUGUUUUAAGCAAGCCUAUGAGAUCUCUCUGCGUUCAAACUCUGCAGUGAAGUGAUAGUUUCAUUUUGUACAGGAAAUCUAUGAAUGUGAGCAGUUUGCAAAGUCUCUGUACUAAAGCAGUGUUUUUGCCCGAUGUACACCUUGGGGUGUACAAUAAAAGGGAUGAAAUGGCUUGAUAAGAGACUACACUGAGUUGCCUUCUUGCUCCCUAGGAACGGAUGAACAGGCAAUCAUUGAUGUUGUGUCCAACCGCUCCAAUGGUCAGAGACAGCAAAUUAAGGCUGCUUUCAAGACCAUGUAUGGCAAGGUAUGAUUGCUGGUGAUUUUGUUUUAGUCAUAAUAAUGAAAAGCAAAUCAGCAGCUGGUACAACAGCUGGUACAGCUUGUGUGCUUAACUGUCGUGAGCAGAGUGAGGUCUGUAAUUUAACUUCAUUUCUUUAUUUUGUCAAAUACUGGACCCUCCCCUGUAGUGGUUUUCAAGAAAGCUAGGAGUGGACAUAGCCUCUGGCUGUGCUUUACUAGUAUAAUGUGUAACAGUGAAGUGGUGACAGUAGCUUCAUGUUCAGUAUGUGCUGAGUGAUGCAACCUAUUUCAGACAGCGGCUUCUCCUAUCAUAGAAGAUUCCAAAUAGCUCUUUGACAUAAAAAGUCAGUAUGGGCCUUGUUGAGGUACUAGUAUUGACAUACAAGGCACAUGUCUACAACACACCAACUCUUUUGCAUUCUGCUGUAUAAAAUAAAAUAGUAAUUUCUUCUAAAAUGGCUGCCUAUGUUAUGAUCCCCUAGUUUAAAAGAAGUUUUAAAUUGAUUUAUCAUGAUUACUGCCUUCAUUUUCUGUCUUGAAAAUAUGUCUCACUAGACUUCAAUAAACAUUGAUUUGCCAGCAGCUGAACUGUACAUUUUCAGUCUGUGUGCGCAUGCAUAUUUUAUGAAUGUAUGUCUUUCUGAUACCACUUUGUAAUUGGACAGGAUUUAAUUAAAGACCUGAAGUCGGAGCUAAGUGGAAAUAUGGAAGAGCUGAUCCUUGCAUUGUUCAUGCCAAGUACUUACUAUGAUGCUUGGAGUUUGCGGCAUGCCAUGAAGGUAUGAUUUUCACUGGCAUUUAUUUUCAUGUAAAAUGAGCACAUUAACUGUAAAGGACCGUAAAUGCUCAACUAGAUCAAAGUCAUUUCAAAAAAAAUUUUCAGUAAUAAAGGUGAAAAUUGUGUAAAUAGAUUUUAAAAUUAAGGAAUAUAUACAGUGUACAUUUCCAGAAUAUUCAUAGACAAAUGCAACCUGCACCCACUCUCUCAAAAUUACAGCAAAUCUCUCAUAAAAAUAGGCCCCAAUGCCUGUCUUGCAAAAUUAACCAUGGUCCUCUGUUUUGCAUAUUCUCUUGUGCUACUCACAGAACCCCACUUCUUGUUUUCUUAUUCACUUGGCUUUCAGUCAGAGUCAGAGAUGAUUGUUCUUCCCUCUCCCAGUUCUUUAUUCCACCCCCCACCCUGUUAGAGUUGGGGAACUGGGCACAUGUGCAAUCCAGGAAUGCCUUGUGCUUGGCAGAAACAAAUAAACCAUCACAUUAACACCCUGCACCCCCACCCCCAAAUCCACUGGAAUCCACUCCUGGUUUUCUCCUCAGCCCCCUUCAAUUUUCCAGAAAGGCAGGUUGGGAGUGGCAAGAGCUGGGGUGGGGAGGCGGGUGAGAGAAACUUUUUAUGUCAGGCAUACAGAAGAAGAGUGACAACACUUCUGUCAUCCUCAGCCAACAAGUCAGAUAUGCAGCGCUGGCUUGUCUCCAGUAGCAGGGCUGGGUGACUAUGGUUGAUCUGGAUGCAGAAAUACCUGUAAGACAACUGUGGGAGUACUUCAGGAGGGAGGCAGGGAUGCUCAUUCUGUGAAUUUAAGCUACAGUCUAGUUGAAAAUAUUGCUCCACUGACAAUGAAUGAAACCUGUGCAAAGAGCAUAGCAGUGCCCAAGUGUAAUUUAUAUGUACAUGGUACCAAUUCCUAACAUGAACCUCCCCACACAUCCCUUAGUUAUUUUAAGAAAUGGAAAAGGCCUUCUGUGUUCUGAAAAACUGAAGGAUUGAUUGGUGUCCUUGCUUUCUUUGCUCAAGCUCCUUACAUUUCUGGCUGCAUGACUUCUAUAUAUACCCAGAUAUGGAAAUAUGUAUGUGUUAGAGAUACAAGUGACAAAUGCCCUAUAGACACAGUUCCCUGGUUGUAGCCAGCUGAGUUUUACUAAUGCAUAGACCCAUUAAAAUUAGUAGACCGAAGUCAUGUUCGCCCGUGCUUGUGCCUGCAUCCUGUUCAUUUCCAAUGAGAUCAUCACUGGAUUAUGCUCUUAGAUUAUAAUACUUUUCUUCUGUAACAAACCUUGGGAACUAUUGGUAGCUGGUGGCUAAAUGAAGCAAGUUUGUUGAGUAGGUUUUUUGCAUGAGCUGAAAGACGCACAAUGGCUUGCAACAUGAUCUAGUUGAAUGAAGCAAUAUGGCUCAGAUGUUCCUACAGUACAAAAAAGUGAUCAAUCUUCUUUCUAAUGUAAUAAAACAAUUAGAUGUUCUGGUCAGCUUUCUGAGCAGCCUGCAUUGAGGUAAUGUCUGUAGUGCUUUGUUUCUCUGCCUGCAGGGUGCAGGCACACAGGAGAAUGUGCUGAUUGAGAUUCUGUGCACAAGGACAAACCAGGAGAUUCGAGAAAUUGUCAGAUGUUACAACAGUGAAUUUGGAAGAGAUAUCGAGCAUGAUAUUCGGUCUGAUACGUCAGGACACUUUGAACGAUUACUUGUAUCUAUGUGCCAGGUAGGAUGAACAACCACCUUCUGUCGCAUUUAUGUUUACCAAGCACACGUUUACCUUGUUCUCGAUAACGAGGCCACCAUAUAAGUAUCUAGUUUGCACCAAGUACAGUUCCAGCUGUAAGUUUUCCACCCCUUUUGAAAUGUAUCCUGAGUUAGGUACCAUUCCUUGUAUGAAAUAGGAUUUGAUGAUAGGACUAGGCUUUUUCUAUCAGAUGGAGAUUUCAAAUACCUAUCUCUUGAAGUAAAUGGUUUUGGCUUAACAUGACCCUCUAGGACCCGAUCAAUGUGACAUUCAGCUCUGAAGGAGACCUAUUACUGAAUAUUAUUGAAUAAAACAAACACAAUAGAUCAGUAGCUCCCAUUUAGCUUAGGACUGUGGACCCCCCUUUUUCAAAAUCCAAGCCAUAGACCUACUUUUCAAAAUGUGGUAGUUUUUGUUAUGUAAAUGGUGCCACCAUACACUUCAACAUGACCCAGCACAAAAACCAGGAUGUGUGUCUUCUGGGCUGCGCUCCUGCACGAGUCAUUUGGCCCACACACAAACAUGGUGCCCAAAAACGGGAUGUAUUUGACAAUUUUUUUUCUCUUAGAUGCAACCAAAAUACUGUGUUAAAUAGACUUGUUCCAUCUUGCCCAAACCAAAACUCUGAUUUGGAAUACAUCUCUCCUAACCAGUUCAACCUGUUAAUGUGUUGAUACAGGCACAGAUCAUGGACCAAAAAAUAGACACUUUUAUUAAUGUGCUGCCACGCUGUCAUAUCUUGCUCUAUGGUGGGGGUGACGGAUCCUUUGGUUCUCCAGAUGAUGGACUCCAGCUCUAGUCCGCAUGGGCCACUGACGAUGGGAGGUUUAGUCCAGCAAGAUUUAGAGAGCUGCAGGUUCCCCCAUCCUCUUUCUCGGAACAAAAUUGGUUCAUUUCAAUGCUCACAAUCUUACAGUGCCAAGAAAGUUUGAAACUAGUCUGUCUAUCCAGCUCAGUUUAAAUUUCUCCCCUAAGUAAUUGUCAUUGUUGACAAUAAAAGUAAUAAAAGUACUGGACUAGUCUGUUGUUAACUGAUAGAAAGAGAAAUAGUUUGGUCAUGUUAGUAGUAUUUAUCUUAUACUGUGGCUCUGCUUAAUUUAGCUACCACUGUAACGUGCAAGUAUUAAUUUCUAAUUUCUCCCUGGUCACAGUUACAGUGGCUUUAAAUAUAAAUUAAUCUUGCCUUGUCCUCUAGACGGUUGAAAUCAUGAGAUGACUGAACAGUUGAUCUUAGUUUUGCUCAUUUCGUUUUGCAUAUUUGUGGAGCCAUAGCUGUGUUCAGACAAGGAUACUAUAAAGCAUAAAUGGAGGCCAGAUGUUUAAUCAUUUGAUUUGCUAUGUCUAAAUGUGUGUACUUGGCAAAAAAGAAAAUUAAAAGAGGGUGGGCAUCCAGGGAAAAAGACUUGGCAAUCCUACCUGCCAUUGAAUCCAAUGAGUUCUGACUAUACACAAUUUCAGCUGUGAUCCCUGGAACGUAACCCCUGCAUUAAGUUGUGGGCUUACUGUAUAUAAUAGUAGUAAUCAAUAUUUUUCUCUCUUACAGGGUAAUCGGGAUGAGAAUCAAACUGUAGAUUACCAAAAGGCUCAACAAGAUGCUCAGCGCCUUUUCCAAGCUGGUGAAGGGAAGCUGGGGACUGAUGAGUCUGCCUUCAAUAUGGUCCUGGCAACUAGAAGCUUUCCCCAGCUGAAAGCCACAAUUGAAGCCUACUCUCAGGUAGACAAGAAGGGGAGGGCAUUUGUGUGGACUAGACAGGACUGGAUUUGGCUUUCAUCAGUUCUUUGGCUAAAAAAUUAACAUUUCCUACUUAUAUUUUUGCAGGUUGCUAACCGAGAUUUAUUAAGCAGCAUUGGCCGGGAGUUUUCAGGAAAUGUAGAACGUGGUUUAAAGGCUAUCGGUAAGGGACUUUUCCUGCAUUUCAUUGUUCAAUGAGGUCAUUUUUAUGGGAAAUUUAUUUACCAAGCACCUACAACUAUUAGGUGCUGGAAACUUCACUGAUUAAUGAGCAUCAGCUGGGGCUUCAGUGCCCUUACCAGACCUGUAAAAUAAUUUAUGCAAAAUAAGAGGACUGAUGUCAGUUGCUUAAUUUGCACAUGUGAUGUACAGUGGUAUCUUGGUUGUCAAACUUAAUCUGUUCCGGGAGUCCGUUCGACUCCCGAAACCGUUCGAAAACCAAGGCGCGGCUUCCGAUUGGCUGCAGGAGGUUCCUGCACUCAAGCGGAAGCCUUUUUGGAUGUUUGGCUUCCGAAAGACAGUCGCAAACUGGAACAUUUACUUCCGGGUUAGUGGCGUUCAAGAGCCAAUUUGUUCAACAACUAAGCUGUUCAAGAACCAAGGUACCACUGCUUCAGAUUGCUGGUGGUGCAGUAAUCCCUUCCCUCCACUAGGAGGCACACUCCCUAAAGCAAGCCCUCACUGGGAACUGGGCUAGAUGCACUACCCAUCUCCUCCCUUGAACCAGUUAGGGCUGAUCUAACAACAUUUAACUCUAAUUUGCCUAGUAAGGACAUGAUUGUUACUUUUAAUUACUAUUGGGUUGGAUAAUUUUAUGCUUUUGGACUCUUGGUCUUUGUAUUAUCUUUAUGUUAUAAUAUACCGGGGGGGGGGGGGGGAUGCAAUGACAAAAAAUGCAGUUUGGAUUAAAGAUUCUGGCAGGUUGAUGCUGUUAGAAUCUUGUGGCUUUGAGCUGUCAGUGUCAACUUUGAGUUGAUCUUAAUACUGUUUUAUUGCAGUGCAAUGUGCUCUGAAUCGCCCAGCCUUUUUUGCAGAGAGGCUUUAUCAUUCCAUGAAAGGAGCCGGCACAGAUGACUCUACCUUGGUUCGAAUUGUAGUCACUCGCAGCGAGGUAAGAAUUUAUUAUGUGUAACUUUUACCUAAUAUGUAAUUAAAGGCCGGUUAUUUAAUCUUGUUUGUGUUCAUUAUAUACACAAUCUGGCCAUAUUUCCAAAGAGGUCAAAUGGCUCCUUUAUUGAAACGCAAAUCCAUCACAGUCUUUUACUGUAUGAAGUUCAGGCACAAUGGAAAGGUAACAGAAGCUGUAAACACUUUUGACAAAUUGAUAGUUGAAACUUUUCUGGUAUUAUAAGCAGCUUUCUUUAUUAAACUUGUACAACCCAAGUGGCACAUUGUAUAGAUUCAAGGCCAUUAGUGGUGAUGCCAGUUACCUGAGCUGGCACAGAUCUAGAUGAUAGAAAGCACUCUUCUUUUAGGUAGCAGACUCAGUGCCACAUUGUUCCUGGCAGUGAUAGUUGCCCCAACCUCAGUCUUCAUUAUUGAGUCAUUGCUUUAGAGGCUUUCCAGGUAGAAAGACUGGCUAUGAACAUGAGGUGGGGGCAGCUGCAGUUGCCAAGACAGGUUGGAGCCAUGCACUUUAAGAAUGAAAUAAGCGUACUGUUUCAUGUAUUUAUUGUGUGUGAUUGCUUCUGUCGUGUUAUUAGGCCUGGCAAUACAUCAAUAUCUUGCCCAGGACUGCUAGGAGGGGCAGACCAUGAUGACAGCUUCACUCAGUGGUAUGGGUGAAACUGCCACCUCCUGAGUGAAGCCGCCAUCCUACUGUGCAAGGCACGAUACACCUUGUUCCUCCCUGUGCUUCUUUAAACUGCUUGGCUGAGCACGCCGCUGCCCCCGCCAAGCAGUUUUGCAGAUCCCCUGACACCGCACAAGCCAGCGGUGGGGGGGGGGGGGUCUGUUAAAGUGCUUCCCAGCCCCACUCCCGCUUGCAUGUGGGCAGGACUGUGGCUGGGGAAGUGCAGGCUCUGUCACACUUCUCCAUCGAAGUGUGCACCCCUCAACAGAGACGUUUAAAGGAACACCCACCUCUCCUCUGGCUCUGUUAGACUUCACCUGCUGAGGCAAGCCUGUGUGCACUUGCCUCAACUGCUGCCGCUUAGGGGGUUGGAUGGGCUCAGCCAGGGGGUGCAGAGGCUGCGUGGAUACAGUGGUUUUGCACCCCAUGGCUUGAGGACCAGGCUGUGUGCACUUGGCUGCCUUUGUCUGGGAGGGUGAGCUGUCUGUUACCACCCCACAAGGGAAGAGGCUUGCAUAGGCAAAGGCAGUCAACGCACAGAGCCUGACAGGCUCUGUGAACUUGGCUACUGCUGCCUGGUCCAUCUUUUUUUUGGGGGGGUGGUAAGCUGGCUGCAUCUUCCUCCCAGGGGAAAGAGGUACCACACCAGCAGAGAGUGCCUCCAAAAGGAGGUCCCUGCUGCUGGCACACCAGGGCUCUCAGUUGGGGGGUAGGAGCCUUCCCAUCCACCAGGCGCUGGGGUGAAAGCACCUUAGCUUCCACAGUGAGAGCUGAGGUUGGGUUCACCCCUUGCUGGUGAGACACCACAAUGUUGAAAAUGUACCGUAUUUUUCGCUCUAUAGGACGCACUUUUCCUCCUCCAAAAAUCAAGGGGAAAUGUGUGUGCGUCCUAUGGAGCGAAUGCAGGCUCCUUGGCUUCAGCGAUAGCAACGUGAAGGCUCUGAAGCGCAGAGGGAGGCUUCGCGUUGCUUUCGCUGAAGCCUGGAGAGCAAGACUCUCCUGGAUUAAGGGAUAGCUGCCCGAAGCCUUUGGAGCGCAGCGCGAGUUCCCGCUGCGCUCCAAAGGCUUCAGCCACGCACCUGCCUGGAAACCAGAGGAGGAACAGAAGGGGACUCCUCCUGUUCCUCCUCCAGCUUCGCUUGAAGGGGCGCUGCGCAGAGAGGGAGAAGUGCCCAGCGCCCCUUCAGCCAUGUGCCUGCCCUGGCUUCUGCCUUAGCCGCGCGCAGCCUCUUUGGGCAGGGGGAGCCUUCAUCCCGCUGCCCUGAAGAGGCUUGGCGCGGUUAUCCCAGAAGCCAGAUCCCUCUUGCUGUUCUGGCUUCUGGGAUUCAAAAUAUUUUUUUCUCUCUUUUCCUCCCCACCCCCAAACUAGGUGUGUCUUAUCAUCUGAUGCGUCCUAUAGAGCGAAAAAUAUGGUAACACUGCCCAGCCCUAGUUAUUAUUUGCAUGCUGUCUUUCCAUAGUGAAAACCAUGCCUUCAGGAAAGGUGGCAUACAAAUAACAUGAUGAACUUCUCCCCUGAUGUGGAAGGUUGCAUUACACAUCAUCCACUGUACCAGAGAGUAGCAUAUAUGCAUUACUUACUUGUUCACAGAGAGCAGUAUUAGAGGCUGGAUCGCUAGGCAAACCUAUGUCUUGAGUAGCUUUGUAACAUGUUGCAGACUGUGUUUCCGGUGUCAAAUUAAUUCUUCCUCAUCAUCAAACUGGCACUGAAGUUUUAAUGCCCGGUGCGGGUGAAUGGGGCACAAUCCGCCUGGAAUUUCAGUGGCACUAGACCUGCCUGUUGAGUUUAAUGGGAUUCAUGAAUUAAGUUGUGUCUUCUCUCAGUUGUCUGCUUUGUUUCUUUUGGCACAGAUUGAUCUUGCACAAAUCAAACAGAUGUUCACCCAGAUGUAUCAGAAGACUUUGGGCACAAUGAUACAAAGUGACACAAGUGGAGAUUACAGGCGUCUGCUCUUGGCCCUUGUUGGUCAAUAG